AUGGAUUUUCUUAAUGCAUUCAAUAAUUUGCAAAAUCGAUUGUUUGCUUUACAAGUAGUACAAAUGCCGAAAAGAAAACAAUUUACAUUAAAAGAUGUGUCUGCCCAUUGUACAGAAGCUGAUUGUUGGAUGGUAGUCAAAGAUGUUGUCUAUGAUUUAACAGAAUUUAUGCGAGAACAUCCAGGCGGUUCCGAUAUAAUGUUAGAAUAUGCUGGUACUGAUGCUACCAUGGCAUUUUCUGACAAACCGCAUAGUUUAGAUGCAUGGACAAUAUUAGAAAAAUACAUCGUUGGCGAACUAAUACCAGAAGAAAGGAUGUUUGAUACAAAAUCUUCAUCUUGA